UCUAAUUCCGUUGAGUAUUGCAGAUCGGGAUUGCUAUUCCUAUGCGAACUGGUCACCCGUUACCGUCCAUUUGGCUCAAAUCCCAUUUUGGAGGUGCUCAACUCUUCACGAAAACCGUUACCCUCAAAAAUACCGCCUAACCAGGCUGAGCAAGUAUUGGUUGUCAAGACUUCUUUACCUGAUGUUGCGGUAUCUGAGACUAAUGCCGAACAGAUGAGCUCUCCAGUUUCUUUGGAAUCAUCGCAAUCCGCCCUUAUCUCGACCUCGACGACUUCCAGCACAAUCACAGCCUCCAGAUCGACUUGUUCUGAAGGCCCGAAUGCUGAUGGCAAGUCCUUCUCAGACUCUGAGGCCACGAAGCAAGCACAGUUGCCAUUGCAGCCACUUGCAAAUGCAUUUAUCGGUCUCAUUCGCCGCAUCGUCUUCAUUACCGCCUCGAACACUCAUCUAGCCCUACCGAAUCUGUUGGCGCUUAAGCAAAUAGUGAUACCUCUUAUGAAUGAUGGAAAACCGGUCCCUUGCUUCGGUGGUUCGGUCCCAGUUGAGAGUCGCUUCCCCGAUGAGGGGCUCAGAUUGCUCUUUCAGACUUGUCUGAAGCUGUUGCUGGCUAUGUCACCUCUGGUCAAGGAUAUUGCUUUACGAGGUUGGUGCUUGAUCAUUGAGAUCUGUUAA